UGGACUGAGAAAUCAACCCAUGCACUGAUAAGAUUGUUCAUGAAAGGUGAUGUUAGAGCGGUGAGAGGGAAGUACUUUAGACUCACUUCCUUUGAGGUUCUCUUGGACUCGUGCUGCAGAGCUUUGAACUGUCGUGUUCUCCUCAAAAACAAAGAUGAAGAUUGAUUUUGCGCCUUUGGACGUGCCCCUGCAGAGGAGGGUGCAGACCGCCGUGGUCCUGCAGUGGGUCUUCUCCUUCCUCGGUCUGGCACCACUCUGCAUCUUCCUGUUCUUCUACCUGCUCUUCACCCGCUUCUGGCUGGUCAGUGUGCUGUACGCCACCUGGUGGUACCUUGACUUUGACACUCCUGCGCGCGGAGGCCGCAGGGUGCCCUUCUUAUGUGGCCUCGGACUCUGGAACCACAUGAGGGAUUACUUCCCCAUCAAGUUAGUUAAGACGGCUGAUUUGGACCCAAAACACAACUACAUCCUGGGCUUUCACCCGCACGGUGUGCUGGUGGCAGGAGCCUUCACCAACUUCUGCACCUACGCCACAGGCUUCCAGAAGUUGUUUCCGGGCCUCACCUCCUACCUGCUCAUGCUGCCACUGUGGUUCAGAGCUCCUUUCUUCAGAGACUACGUCAUGUGUGGAGGUCUGAUUCCUUCAGACAAAGAGAGUGCGAGCUAUCCUCUUCGCCAAAAGCGUGGUGGAAAUGCUGUCGUCAUUGCGGUUGGUGGAGCUCCAGAAGCUCUUGAUGCUCAUCCUGGGACAUUCAACGUGCUCUUAGCUAAUAAGAAAGGCUUCAUCAAAAUGGCCAUGGAGUAUGGAGCUCAUCUGGUACCUGUCUUCUCCUUUGGAGAGAAUGAGGUUUAUGAUCAAGUUGAAAACCCACAAGGAACCUGGCUCCGAUGGAUACAGGAUCACCUGCAAAGGAUAAUGGGUAUCUCCCUGCCACUGUUCCAUGCACGUGGCAUUUUCCAGUACUCUUUUGGUCUCAUCCCCUACAGACGACCUAUCACGACAGUGGUUGGUCGUCCAAUAAAGGUGGAGAAAAAACAGAAGCCCACACCUGAGGACCUGGACGCCCUCCAUCAGCUGUACAUGGAGGAACUCAGCGAGCUGUUUGAGGAACACAAAGGCCGCUUCGGCGUGGACAAGAACACACACCUGAACUUUGUGUAAUCAGGAGCGGCAGAAAUGAGAUCUCUAUUUAUUUGUAGAAGUUCUGCUGUUGGAAGUUCAAAUGUUUCCAUUCUCUUUUGACAUCUGAGUUUGUGCUGCAAGAACUUUAUAAUCAGAUUAAAAUAUGAAUUUGUUUUACAUGUAAUUACUGUCAGAUUAUUCUGUUUUAUAAAGCAGAGCAUCAAAAGACAGAAAAUCCAUAUUUUAACUUGAAUGAAAAUUUAAUUAUUUCUGAACUUCUGAAAAUCAUUUAAUAAAAGACCUUUAAACAGUCAAA